AUGGAUCAAUAUACCGAUAAAGGUCCUGUUAAGGAAACAUCGUUCUCUCUCCAUCCGAUCAAUAAAUCCAAGCAUGAAACACCACACGGUGAAACAGGCGAAGAGGGGAUCUACUUGGACCGUGAAGAACCCUUCCCAUUCAGUAUCUCUACAGCCUACGUGAAGGAUUGGGAUACUGCGGCUGCGUUUAGAGAACUGUAUCAAAAUUGGUAA